AGGUCCGUUGUGAAGGGCGAGAUGCACAAGAGGGCCAAGGUGAAUUGAUUGAUAAGCUACAAGGAGCAAAUCUACCAUCAGACGUCUGCUGGAUCCAUAUAUCGCUCCGUUUCUGGUCCACGGGUAGCCACGUAGUCCACAGCUCACAAGCCUCACGCGUCAACACAAGCUGCGGAGUCCCGUGAAAUAUUCAUGGAGCCCCGUGAAACUCGCUUCUUUCUUUAUAAUGCUCGGCGAUGAAGACUCUCCGAAAAGCAUCGGAUGAUAUCUCUCUCUUGUCAACUUCAAAAGUAUAAUAAGAUCAAGGAUACCCGCUUUCCUCCAGAAAAAUCAUCAAACUCGAAAAACUUCCCUCGGAAAAGCCAACAGUCACAAAACCCAUAUCCAAGACUUCUGCCUCUAAACAACCCAAAACAUGUCCAAAAUCCUUGCCAUCUUUGGCGCUACCGGCCAACAAGGCGGUUCAGUUUUGAACUAUGUGCUGAACGACCCAGAGCUCUCCCAAAAGUACAAGAUCCGCGCCAUCACCCGCGAUGUCAACUCGGAGAAGGCCAAGCAGCUCAAGGAGAAGGUCGACGUCGUCCAGGGCGACGUAUCCAGCCGAGCCUCCCUCGAGACAGCUCUGACCGGCGUGCACACCGUCUUCGCCAUGACAACACCCUUCAUCGGCCCCGACGCCUUGGAGAAAGAGUUCAACAACGGCAAGACGAUUGCCGACGUCGCCGUUGAGAAAGGAGUCCAGUAUUUCAUCUUCAGCACUCUGCCGUCAGUCCGCGACAUCUCUAGUGGCAAAUACACCGCAGUCACCCCCUUCGACGCCAAGGCAGAGAUCGAGAAGUACAUUCGAGGCCUUCCUAUCAAGAGUGCCUUCUACUGCCCUGGCUCGUUCAUGGAGAAUUUCGCGUUCCAGGCCUUCUUGGCUCCAAAAGAGGCUCCCGAUGGCACCUGGGUUAUGUCCCGACCCAACUCUCCCAAGACUACGAUGCCCUUGAUCGACGCUGUCGGGAACUCAGGCAACUUCGUUGGCGCCAUCCUCGCCGAGCCCGACAAGUACGAAGGCAAGAGGUUCUGCGCCGCCACUAGACUGUACACCUUGGAGGAAAUAGUCGCCGUCUUGUCCAAGGCCACAGGAAAGACUAUCGUCUACAAGCAGAUCCCCGUUGAGGACUUCAAGAAGACCAUACCGUUCAUGGCUGACGUUUUCGCUGAAGGGUUUCAAGCCCAAGAGCAGUGGGGCUACUUCGGCCCAGGCGAGAAGGAGUUGGUAGCUUGGGCUGCUGAGAACGCCCGAGGCAGACUCACCCCGUUCGAAGAGUACUUCGAGACACAUCCUAUUCAGUUCACAUGAACGAGCACUAUGGGGCCCACGACUGCGAGGAUGAGUUGACCUGGUGGUGAUCACUUGUUGAAACAUCCGAUAGGUAUACAUAGCACUUUUCAUCACGGACUAGCCGUAAAGACGAAUACCCAAACC